GUUUGACCAACAUCCAACCUUGACUGAACAAUUGCCACUGAUGGAGAAUCCACCAUGACUCUUGGUGAGAUCAUCGGGGGUUGGGAAGCCAAGCCUCAUUCCAGGCCCUACAUGGCCUAUCUGGAUAUACGAGAUGGAAAAAAUAAGUCCUUCUGUGGAGGGUUCCUGGUGUCGGAGAACUUCGUGCUGACGGCCGCUCACUGCAAUGGAAGCAAGAUCACUGUAUACCUGGGAGCCCAUAACAUUCGACUACGGGAAUGGAGUCAACAGAAAAUCUCCGUGCACCGCCCGAUCCCCCACCAGCAAUAUGACAAUAAGACCCUUAACAAUGACAUCAUGCUGCUGCAGCUGGCAAAGAAAGCGAAGCUGAACGGAGAUGUGGGUACCAUCGCCCUGCCCCGCGCCAACGAGAUUGUAAAGCCAGGGAAUUGGUGCAGCGUCGCUGGCUGGGGCAGAACUAGCACAGAGAGUGAAUCGACUCCGGCCAGGCUCCGGGAGGUGAAUGUGAUGGUGAUGCCGGAUGCCAAGUGUCCGAAGGAUCCUUAUGGGCCAUAUAAUAACUAUAACUCCUCCACCAUGAUGUGUGUGGGGGACCCAAAUCAGUGCAAAGACUCUUCACAGGGCGAUUCUGGAGGCCCCCUGGUGUGUGGGGAAACAGCCCAGGGCAUCGUCUCCUGGGGGCCUUGCAGAGGUCCCGGGGUGUACACGAGAGUCUCCACCUUCAUCCCCUGGAUACGGGCGACGAUGAGGAGGCUGCAGCCCUGAGCCAAGCCAAGAAUCGCUGCACAGGCUGGAGAGGCGCCGCUUCUGUCCUUUGGCUUGGCCCAGAUGUAGGGCCUGCUUUGCAGAGGGGCUGAUCCCCCACCAGGCUGAGCCCCACCCCCCACUAACUGCCCCAGCCAUCGCUCCACUCAGGCAGUGCCCAGCCCAUGAGCAUCAAGGCCGGGAUCCCAGGGGAGUUAGGAACCUGGUUCAAGACCAGCUCCUCUAAGCUCCCUUGGGAAUCCCAACCCAGACCCUUAGGCUGCCUCUUCGCUAGGGAAACAGCUGGUUUAUUACCCCUGGGGUGAUGGACAUGAGCCAAAUCCUGGGGAAGACUCGGCAGUUUGUAUCUCUCCCCUUGUGUCAGUUGGUUGAGUGACUGUUUAUGGGAGAUCCUCGUCGUUAUCUGUCCUUCUAAACUGGUAGUGUGUACCUGUCCUGCUAAGUUGUGUUAAAACUGCAGCCUGCCCUGUCCUCACUGGGCCUUUCCCAUGCGUUAGUUCCCUCGGGGUGGUCACUGCCCGUUCCAAACACACCUGUCCCCAUGGUUGGCAAGGCCAGCCGGACGGGAACUCAGCAAAGGCUACUGAUUGCCUCCUUCCCACCUUCCCAG